CAAGGCUGCGCUGCCCAAACCCGGGACAACUGAAUGUCGAAAAUGGCCUUGACUACGUAACGCACAGCCUGUCAUUUGUCAAAAAUCAAUGCGCAGCCCGUGGGAUCAUGAUACUGCUAACUGCGUCGUGGCGUUAUAGUCGGCUGCGACACGGCCCCGUGGUGCCAUCGGCCGCAGGAGCGGUGGUGCAUGGUGACGACAAGGGCUGCGCCGUGGUUGAGAGCACUGAUUGGAUUCGGUCCAGCGAUUGGCAAAAAGUAGCAUGACGAAGGAACAGAUAAGUAGGUCGAUGCCGCCGCCGCUCCUUGAAGACAGGAUCUUGGUCAUUCAGCAUCAGCAACAAGAAGACAUACAUAAUAAUCAAGCAUCUCAUCUUUCUAUAUAUAAUAUUCCCAACUCCAUCAACUUGGACAAUCUCAACUUACACGACACGCACCUCAACACCACCACAACCUUAUAAUACACACUCUAUCAAAAUGGCCAUUCCCAACCGCAAAGUCGUCAUCACUGCCUACGGCCCUCCCUCCACCUCCCUCCAAAUCGUCACCGACAACAUCUCCCCCCCUCCCAAGGACCACGUCCAGGUCAAGAUCCUCUACGCAGGCUUUGCCGGCGCCGACGUCAACAUGCGUCUCGGCGUCUACCCGCUGCAAAGCGCCCCUCCCUUCACGCCCGGCUACUGCUUCUCCGGCCGCGUCUCCGUCAACGGGCCCGGCAGCUCGAAAUUCAAGCCCGGCACCCUCGUCACGGCCUUGACAAAAUACGACUCCGAUGCCGAGUACAUCAAUAUCCCGGAGAAGUACCUCGUGGCCAUCCCCGAUGGCGUUGAUCCAAAGGUAGCUGCCGCCCUGCCUGUCGACUGGGCCACCGCCUACGGCAUGGUCUCUCGCGCCGCAAAAGUGUCUUCAGGACAGCGCGUCUUCAUCCACGGCAUCAGCGGAGCCGUUGGCCAAGGCAUCAUGUACCUUUCCCUCCUCCAGGGCGCAACCGUCUACGGUACAGCCGCUGAGAGGAACCACGCCGCCCUGAAAGAAGCUGGUGCCCAUCCUUACCUCUACACCAACAAGGACUGGAUCGCCGCCAUGAAGGAUCUGGGAGGCGUGCACGCCGUCUUUGAUGCCCUGGGCUUCGAAAGCUUCGACGAAUCUUACUCCAUCUUGACACCCAACGAGAGGAGCGUAGUCGUUGCCUACGGAAACAACCUCAACAAUCUUACUGGUGCGAAGCGGCGCAAUCCCUGGAUCCCCAUUGCCAAGCUGAUGUUUAAAAAUCUGUAUUUCUGGUCCAACAAAGGAGCGGUCUUCUACUUCAUCACGCGCGAUCAAAAGACGUAUGAGCCUGAACUCCAGCAGCUACUCAACAUGACCAGGGAUGGGAUCAUUACCCCUCCGAUCAAGGCUGUCUGGGAGUUUGACGAUAUCAAAGAGGCCCAUGAGGCUUGGGGCAAGGGCUCAGGGAUGGGAUCGCCAGUUAUCCGCAUCGCGCAUGAUGCUUAAACGAGGAUUGUUUCUGUCUCUCUUUAUGAUACCUUUGUUACAUAGUGUCUCGAUUUGGUAGAUAAUUAGUGCCGGAUCUGCAGCGGAUUUCUGUUAUUGUUUCUCUCCAAUUUUUAUUCCCAAUUAAUUAAGUAGCUUGAAGUAUUUCUUCAUUAAUAAUAAAUACAUGUACCUUGUCUCACA